AUGUCAUCUGAAAUUCCGGAUAUUCCUGAACUGAAGCGCGCCAUGGAAAGCGGCCAGCGCAUUGACCCAGAGGAUGUCUCUGCUUUAGCGCAGAACGAGAGCGAAUUGACCGGUGGUGGGCCGAUCAGAGGUGGAACAGCAGCGACAGCACAAAGCCUUGCAAUGAAGCAGAUGAAUUUCGAUGAGAAAUUGGAGGCUUUAUCGCGGAAGCCACAGAGCCACAUUACACAGGAGGAUGCUCGAGAACUUUCACGCGGCGGAGGUAAGAGCGUUAUGGCUGCUCUAUCUGAAAUAAUGAACAUGUUUAAUUAA